ACCUAGCAUUUCUAUUUUGCAUAUGGCGGCCGUUUUGACAGUGACAGCUCGUUGGUCCUGCAUUUUUUUUCUCACCAACUAACUUGUUUUUGCAGCUAUGAACGAUAAAGUGGUUGGAAUAAAUUGUGUAGUCAAAAAGCCGUUAGAAAUAAGAAUAAGUGAUCAGAAAGACAAUGUCAGCAGUGGAGUUGUUGUCAUCGAUAUCACACUUCAAAGUGUCCAAUAUUUUGACCUUGGAAGUAUCGCAUUCAGAAACAACUACACAGCUUUCCUUCUUGUCAAAGUCAAGUGCAAACCACCAAAUGAGAAAGAUGAAGCGCAAUGGAGGGAUUGCGUGAAGCAGCUUCGUCUCAUGCCGGAUCCACACACUGAGACGGACAGUCAAGCUUACUUCACCAUCACAAGAUCACAGAUGCUGUUUGAACCAACCGAAGUGACCGCAGUGCGUCUUGUACUGCUGCAACCCUCCCCAGUCUGGGCUCACUUUGGCAUCGAGGAAGUGACCGUCCUCCCACCAGAGACUAAGUCCGAGAGGUCGACCUCGGUCACAGCCUGGCUACUUGAGAACCAGCACCUGACUGACUCCAGCCCAAAACAAGCGUCAAAGAAACAAGCAGAGGAUUCUCCACCUGUGGACAAGAUCACAGCUGGCUUACAGCACCUAUGGGCCCUGACAGAGACCAUGCGUAGUAACCAAACGCAAACAUCACUCGGCAGAUAUGACGUUGAUGGGAGUUAUGAGAUCAAUCUGCUGUCUUACACGUGACAAUGCUAAAGGACAUGCAGGUGCACACAUGGAACUAGAGAUCUAAUGGCCAAGCAGAAUCGUUCAAAUGUGUACGUGGCCAUUGGCACACUAUCGGACCACGCCUCUUUCAAGACGUUUGUCGUGAUGAGAUCAUCGCAUUGAGUUGUCAAACACAGCUGUUUGGCUAAGCUUUGGUCCAAGUUAAUUCCAAGUAUUUUUGCGGUGGAAUUCUGAGAAAGAAAUUUACAUUUACAAACUUGUUUGGGGAAAACCUAAAACCAGUAUUUGUAACAAAACGUAUUCUAAAACCAUAAAUUCAUACCUUGCUACUGUACAUCAAAUUUGCAUUAAUAUUUACAUGAAAGUCACUUAUUGGCUGCAUUCAAUUAUAACCACUCUUCGGUUUAACAAUAAAUUACCACAAAGAUUAAAAUGAUCAUUUCUAUCACAAAGCAUUGAAAAAACCUUCAACAGAUGCAUAAAAAGAAAUCACUUACAACUCAUGUUUGCAAAGUGUUCUUUGCAAGCGUCUCUAAAGUCUAAAAAUGGUGAAAAUUCAAAAUUAAAAUUUUGAUAUGCCACCAAAACUUUCCAAGCAUGUGUUUACAUCAUCUUCAAUGCCCCAAUUAAUCAUGCUAACCCAUUUUAAGACUCAAGACUUUCUCCAUCUACUUUUGUACAAAUUGACACCGGCUCUCUUAGAAAUCUUUGACAUCAAUGCUGAAAUACGCUUCUAAAAUACAAAUAUAAACCCCUUUUCAAGGUAUCUGAGUAAAAUAGAGAACUUUCUGUGGAAAACUUUAAAUAUUUACAUAUUUACACGUGCACGAAUACAAAUUCCCCUCUCCCCCCCAAAAAAAAAUAAGGUACAUGUAAAUUUCUUAUUUUUAUUUGAGAUGGCAACUUUGACAUUAUUAAACUCAAUAAGUGGAACUCAUUUCUAGUUUGACAAAGGAUGACAUCAAAUUUGCUUAGCAUUUGUAAACUGAAAAAAAAAGUGUUUUUUUUUAAUAUGGUAAAUUAUUCGAUUACAGCCGGCAAUAAGACACUUUUUGAGAAGAAGAUUUA